AUGACGUGGCUCACGCUGCUCAUCUGGCUCGUAGUCGUCGCGUUCAUCGACACCCGCUUCGUCCUCCCAUGGGUGGUCCGUCUGGUUUCCAAGUUCCGCAUCACAGCGUCAGAACUAUCGUUAUUCCGGGUGCGCGACUUAGGAUGGUACAUGAAGGGCCAGGACAAGUCGACAGGCCCCAACCUUGGCGUCGAGUUAAUCAACUGGUCGUUUGGAGGCUCAACGCCUGGAAAACUCACCUUCAAACGCAAAUGGCAAGUCCCAUCCUGGUUCAAGCCCGUCGUCGAUUACUUCCUCCACCUCCUACUUCACCAUUGGAUUGCCGUCUUGGACUUCCUCUCGGUCCACCUCACCGACAUUCGCAUCAUCGUCGAGGAACUCGACGACGUCGAGAUUCGCAUCAGUGACGUGCGACUCGCGUUCGGGGAAGAUAUCUCAGUGCCGCCGGCAUACCAGGACCCUCUUCAGCCUGACGAGUACCAUGCGCGGAGGUCAUCAACUCCAGACGCCGCGUCGGGGACGCCCCGGGCUCGCCGACAUGCGCCGUCGCCAUCAAUCACACAGAUGUCCAAGGCUGUGUGGUCGCACGCUAUUGGUAAUGCCAUCGGCCGAAUGGCUUUCUCUCUGCGCGUGCAAGACGUCACGGUCCUGCUUCCGCGCCCAUUGGCAGCACCGGCGGAGGAGCUGCCACAAACGGAGGAGAGCCAUGCGGCGCUACCCUCUCUCAGCUCUGUCCUCAGGAACCGGAAGAGGAGAAGCAAGGUCGACGCCGCCCUGCGGCCCUCGCCGUCCGGAUAUCAACGAAUUGCGUCACUGGAGACUCCCUCCAUUAUCCUGUUGUCGCUGGGCAUCGGCCCUGCGACCCAGGUCUUCGACAAGGACAACCUUCGUGCGGACGUGCAGCUCGGUCAUCUCCAGCUCGGCCUUGAGGGUGUGGAAAAACUCAUUGCUAUCAAUAAGGCUCGCAGGAAGUUGAAAAGCCCCUCGAGCAACACACGGUCACGGGUCUGGACUCAAGGCUCCUUGGCUAGGCGAGUUGUUCGUGCACUCGAGUCUGUCACCACGUCCUGCGAGAAGGCUUCCGUGUACCAUGCCCUUCCAUUGCAAAAGCCCGACAUUCCUUCUGCUUCUUCCGCAGUGUCCGAAGCGAGCGAAGUGAACGCGCCUGGUCUGGCCUUGUCGCUGGACGUCUCUGCGUUGUCCAUGCGUAUCGCGGCCACUCACUCCGGUAUUGAUCCGCGUAUGGGCAAGGUCUUUGGUACCAGCCAAAAAAAGAGUUCGCGUGUCCACGGUAUCACGGCGUCGCUGUCGUGGUUGGCAAUUGAGCUGCAGUGCGUCGCACCUGGGGAACCAGCGGACGACAAGUCCCAGGUGGCCGCAAUUCGCCAAGCCGACUUCGACGUACUCACCACUUGGGCACCCGAGGGUUUCGAACGUCGCGAGGCGCUGUUUAGCGACGAUCCCGAGCUCUCCAUCAUCAUUGCUCGCGGUUAUGUGGCGUCUCUGGGGGUGUCGAGCGAUUUGCAGCUCAUCAGCGAGCUUUCUCGCUCUUGGAAAGACACCCACCCUGCCAGCUCCGAGGCAGUGCUGCCUCCCUCAGCUCCAAGGACACAUUGGCCCAAGCCACCCCGCGUUCGGUUUUUCAUUGACCUUGGGCACAUGUCUGUGAUUAUCGCGAGCAGUGCAGCUGAGGACUCGGCGGCAAUCAGUCUGUCGUCAGAUGGUAUCUCCCUCGGUGCGACCGCCAAUUUCGAUGACCAUGGGGCGCCGUCACCUUCAACGGAUGAAUCCCCGUCUCUGUCCGCUGAGGAUGAUAGUUCGUCGACGUCGUCCAUAGACAGCGAGCGUCCCACCUUCGGCAUGAUGGGGAACGGCUUUGCUGCCAUCGAGCCGAUCAAUCUUCGCAUCGUGCUUGGCACACAGAACGAGAAAACGUACGAGCUCGCCAAGGUCGGCCGCAUCCAGACCAAGGUUAUCGGGCACAUCUCCGGCUCUUGUCGCACCUUGCAGUCGGGUGUGGAUGACUACCGUCUUCUGCCCAACACGCUCGCGACCGACGUCGAGGUUGUCAUCGACGAUGGCGUCAAGAUGCAGCUUUGGCAUCCGGAUGUAAUUAAUGCCCUCAUUCACUUGGCACGCCUGAAGCAACCUGCGGCAGUUUCCAAGACCUCCAAGCAGCGCAAAGACCCACUGGACAUCCUUCCCGGUGGCCUGUCCGUUCGACUGGCACUCGGCUCGGCCAGCAUCUUCAUUGGACAUCAAGAUCUCAACCCCACGUGCGACAUCUUGCUGGCGCGAGGUAUCUUCCUCCAGACCACUGUCGUGUUCGACUACGCUCGCUUUCGGACGAUGAAGGCUAGUGGCAGCGCCCGACACUUGAGGAAUCUGAAGAUGCGUGACCGUCUCAAGCUCUUCAAGGACGUAACGGCGUCGGCGUUCGACCAUACCCACAAGCUCGAGCAUCGCGGGGCGCAGGCGGCGCUGUUCUCCUUGUUGCUCCGCGAGACGGGUGUCAAGACAGUCUUCAAUGGCGAAGUCUUCGUGGAGAACGGAGGCACCGACCGGCUCAUGGACCCACCCACUUCAAGCAUUCCAACUCCACCGCCCGCAGACCCCGAGUUUGUGGCUUGGGGCUGGACCGGAGGACGACGUCGCGAGAAAGCGCCGCGCAAACCUCAUCCCAGCCACGUCCCGCAGGCGUACAUUUCGGCAUCUCACCUCCUCUACGUCCCGCAUCUCCACUUCACUGCCAAGGUACAUCAGCCUGUGCCUCAAGAACCGUCACAGGUCCAAGUUUACGGGCGAGUCGAGUUGCUACAUGUUGUUACGCACAUCUCCGACUUGUACUGUGUAUUGAUCGCGGUACACUCUGUGCUGGAGAUCGUGAGCGCACUCAAGCAUUCACAAGAGCCUUCAGACGCCAAGGCAAAGGCAGACCGAUCUGCACUCACCCACGCCGUUAAGCGCAGUAUACCGUUCACCGUCGGACUGGCCGUCCACAAGGUGUGGCUGCACAUCCACUUCCCGUUACAGGAGCAAGCCUUCAUCGCCAUGGAGAACGUCGGCGUGGAGCGCAGUCUUGACAAGCGGACUACCGCCAAGUCCGAUUACGUGGUGUUGUACAUCCAAAACGAGAGGCAGCCGGGCAUGUGGGAUGAGCUCGGUCGCAUCAAGCGUCUCACGCUGGCGGUCGACCCUUCACACAGGGUGAACAUCAGUGCGAUCGCGUUCCGCAUCCGCAUCCCAUACGCGUUCCUUAUGUCGCAGCUCAUUUUCAACAUCAACAUGGCUGUCAAGACCACCAAGCUCAUCCUCAGAAACUUGCGCACAGGCAACUUCUCACUUUACAAGAAGUCCGGGCCUGAGCCCCCAAAGAAGCUGCCUCACAUCCGCAUUCAGGUCGACCUGGUCCACUUCGAGGCGCGAGAUCAUCCUGUCGAAAACACGCUCAAUCUCGCCAACCGCGUCGGUCUCUACGAGCAGAAGACGCGCCUCGACCUAGACGAGCUGUUCGAGCAGAAGCUGGCCAUUAUGGCGGAGAACGGGGAGGGCACUCGAUCCCAUUCCAAUCUCUCGACCUCACAAUCGGUCACCGAUGAGGAAGCGCGGUAUCGUCUGGACUGGCAUUUCUCGCGCAACUGGGUUCGCCGCAUCCGCCGAGCCAAGGCUGAGCAGAGACGCCGCGAAGAGUUAGCGCAGAGGCGCUUACUCAUCUCACCCUGCAAGCUGCCCAUCCCGGUCCUCGAGCUCGAGCAGACGGUGCCCCUCUUCCGCUUCUCGUUCGUCGGCGUCAACGUCACCUUGGCGCCUCCCAACAAGUCGCGCGCCCAGCUGAUCAAGUACAUGGGCGACGUAUCUGCGCCAUUCAAGGACGGCGUGCAGUUCUCCCUCAUGAUUCCUUUCAAUCUGACGUGGACCAUGCUGGAAGCCAAGGUCCAGCUUCGCGACUAUCCUCUGCCCCUGCUACGGAUCUUACCGGGUCCAGACAAGACGGCCGGCUGGCAUGUCACCACGCUCUUCAUCAUCGCUGAAGAGCUGUCGGAUGACGACUCAACGAUGUUCUUCCCGAUCGAGAUUGUGCCCGGACAGUGUGGCCACGACACGGUCGGGCCCCUUAUCGUCAACAUCGGUAAGGCCAUCAUGCCUACCAAGACGUACGCUCGUCCGAUGAUCAAGGUUCUCUCCCCUGAGGCUACGAGAUUCACCUGGUGCAACUCGUACAAGCCUGGCAUGUCCGAUUUGACGCGCAUCUUCGAGACCCUCAGCAAUCCUCCACUGGACCCGUCGCCGAAGAUUGGUUUUUGGGACAAGCUCCGUCUGGCCUUCCACUGGCGAGUCAUCCUAGACUUCGCCAGUACCGUGCGUUGGUACAUCAAGGGCAGCCAAAACCCGUAUUCCAUCACGGGUUUCGGAGCGGGCUUCGCUCUCGUCUGGCGUCGAAACGUGUGCAUCGAGAUUGGACAGCCGAACGCCGAGGGAGAACUCGUACAGGUCAUGGCUGACGAGUUAUUAGUCAGCAUACCAGACCUCAACGAGCUCCAAGACCAAGCAGCGGUUGGCAUAUCGGACGAUCAGCCAGAGAUGGAUGAAGACGAAGCCGAUAGAAGACUCAUCGAAAGACGAAGUACAAAGCCGUGUGCCAGAUUCCUCAACGGCGUUCGCUUUGGUCUCGGCUUCGUUUUCGAGCGUACCUGUCGGCCUUGGUCCUGUGACAAGUGCGGUAGCACGCAGAACCUUCUCCAUCUCGUUCUCAAGCACCCCAAGGUCGCAGAACGUCUCGCGAUGGAGCUCGGCCACGCCUUUGACUCGUACGAAGGCUUCCGGUCCGACUACAUCCACUUCUCCGUGUCUCUCGUGGCUCCACGCGAGGCAGGUGGUGUUGAGCCCAUGGCGACGGGAUCUGCGGCCAUAACGCACAGCAGCAUUCACAUGAACCCAAAGGCGUUCGCGCACUUUUUCAACUGGUGGAACUUGUUUCGGAGCAAGAUCCCGGCGCCAAUUCGACAGGGUAGAGCGUUCCCAGAUAACCCGCGGUCGUCACAAAGUUUCGGUGCGUCGCUGGCGACCAUCAAGUACAGAUGCGACAUCGCGCCAAUCUACGUCUCGCACAUGUACAGCGUCUCCUCUGAAGAUAUGUGGACCAAGGGCCUCGCUCAGAGCUUGGGCUUCAAGCUCCGUGCUGCCCGGUUUCGACUCGACGGCCAUCAGCGUCAGCAAGAACAGCGGCAGUAUAGCGAGGCCCUCAAAGGAGUCAAGAUUGUCACCCAUAAGCCGUUCUACGCGGCCGACCUCCUUUUGGACGAGAUCACCUUUAAGGGCAUGGUUGCCGGCUUCAACGAGGCACAUAUCUAUCCUGACAACCCAGCUCUGGAUACCACUUAUCCGCACGCAUCGGACCUCUCAGAGGAGGGCAAGGUCUGGUAUAACUACUUCGAUUUCAUCGACGCCGACCAAAAACCAUUUGACCGUAACCCUCGUGUGAAGAUUGUGCACAUGGGCGACUGCCCACAUGUCUUCCUCUCGCGCCGUGUCAAGGCGGUGGCAACUACGCCCAACGACGAGUUGCUCAAUCUGCCGCCAGGCAAGGAGGCGUCCAAGUUCGGACACGAGAAGACCCACAUCUGCUAUCUGGGCGCUGCUCUCGGCGUCGGUCCGAUGCAGUCGCAAAUUGCUCAAGAGCGUGUGGUCUUCUUGCAGGAGAUCCUCAGCAGCUUCACCGAGGAGGACAGAGAGAACGAUCCCCAGCAUGUUGCUUCGAUCAAGCACCGCAUCAACAUCUUGGAACACCACAUUGACGACCUUGCGCAGACCGAAACCCGCCACAUGGACAACUCGACUCUGGGCCUUCCCGUUGAGAAAUCUGGUGACGAUGACGGAGAAGACGAGACAGUGUUCGACAACACGCUCCAUGUCCACAAUCCCCGUCUCUUCUUCAACAACGAGAGUCGCAACGUGCUCUACAAGUAUCUUUACGCCAGGAAGAGCCGCAAGCGAGAGGAGUACACCACCUCUUAUGCUGCGCUGAGGGCUAUCCGGGACGGUGUGAAGCAGCGGCGGCAGCGGGCGGCGAACGGUUUGAGCCGAGACGACGUAAUGGACAAUGUCCCCGGGGACGAGGUCGCCGAGCUCCUUCGAACACUGGAGAAGAGGGCUGAGCAAGGGCUGUCAGCACGCUUCAAGAUCGAUGAUAGCUUCUUGUCGCACCAAGGCACAGCGAAGUUGCCAGCGCAAGGUCUCCCAUCUGACUGCGCCGCGCAUCCCCAGUGGCGCGUCCUGGUCCUCAAACCGCAGAUCGCGCUUCGCUCCACAGCGGACCCUGCAGCUGUCGUCCUCGUCACGUUGGAAGAGAUGGCCAUGAAGGGCUACGUCGUUUUAGACACGACGGCUGCCGACUCGGUGGUAAGCGAGGUUCUCUCUCGCUCGUUCGCCGUUUGCAAAGGGCUUCAAGCCUUCUAUCCGACCACGGAGACGAUGGCGAGGUCCACCACGGGGGCGCCAAACUACAGGGAGAUGGACUUUGUCCCGCUCGAGAUCUUCCUCGAUGCGAAGAGUGAAGCGACCGACUACGAUCGUAUAAUCCUUAGAUCCGAUAUGGGUCUCGCUUGGGACGAGUUCAACCAUCUUCGAGCUGCACGGGGCCUCGAGUGGCCCGAGACGGUGAAUGAUUUUGGCGAUCCCAUCGAGCAUCUUCGUCUUCACCAGAACAUGACGUCAAUCUGCAUGCCGAUGCUCACCGCUACAGCCAACGCCACACACUGGACGGCGCUGUACUAUAUCAUCACCGACCUGAUGAUGUACACGCUUCCUGAAGAACGGUUGAGAAAGCAGAAAGUGGAUGGCUUCCUCCUCAAGUUUGAUCGCCGAGACCGCGACCCACAGCAGCUGAUGUGGAACUUGUUCGUUAUCCAGCAGCACAUGCGCGGCUUAGCGGAGUUGCAACGUGGUUACCAGGCCAAUCUCCAGAGACUCACUGUCGAGGGCAAGCGCGAACUGUUCAACAUCCGCGCCGAUUUUCUCCAAGAAUACGAGACGCUCAACACGGUCUUCGACGUUAUCAACCUCAACAGAUCGUAUGAGGAAGCACGCGAGGCUCUGCAAACCCAGAGUCAGAUCAACGUCGGUGUUGGCAACAUUGCGUGGCACAUGUUAAAGGACGACGUCAAGCCUCUACUGAAGCUCAACAUGAAGCACGCACUGUUCGCAAUGGACCACAACCAAGACGGGUCGACAGACUGGGCGAUCGCAGUCGCGGACCUCGAAGCCCUCAACAGCAACGCUGAUGCGCUAUUCACUGAGGUGCUCACAAAAAGCUCCAAGGAGCUCAGCAAGAUGAAGAUGCAUUCCAACUGCUUCAUGUCGGCCUCAUUUUCUACCCUCCCACAGGUUGGUGGCAUCAGUAUCAUCAAGGAAUUGCAGGCCUUCCUUCACCCAGUGAGGUUCCGUCUCGAGCAGAAAGUCGGAGCAGCCGUCAUCGACUACAUCUUCAACGACAAGACCAAGUCGCACAUGGGGAGUAGUGGUGGCACCGCCGACAAGGAUAAGCAGCCAGAGAAGACCAAGCAAUCCGACAAGGGCAAGCACGCAGACAAGGGCAAGCAUGACAAGGGCAAGCACUCAGACAAGGCCAAGCAGCUCGGACCCAGCUGCUCCAGUGCGAACAACGUUGCAGCUGUGCCGAACUCAACCGACAGCCUCACGUUGCCGCGCAACCAGUCGCAGAUGACUGUGGGAUCUGGACAUUCCGUUGCGAGCACCUGCCCGCCUCAAGGUGACCAAGACAGGCACGACAUGGACGGGGACGUGGACGCUGAGGAGAUGCGUCGCCGCGCAUCCCAGAACCGAACUUUCAUGAACGUUGUGAUUGGGUCAAUCUUUAUCGCCUUGGACUACAAGCGUGAUGAAACGAGAAAGAAGCACGGCUUCGUGCCCGAGAUGGCCGACUUCAAGCUCACCGUCCCCGACCUUACCUACAAGGACGAGGUGUGGAGCGGCAAGGACUUCCUUAAGGCCGUUACACGUGACCUCAUCCGUUCGGUUUGGUCGCAGAGAGGCGACCUGAUGUCGCAGGUGAUGAAGAAGACGUCGGUGUUUCGCUCCAAGAAGCACCUUCGCCACAUUGCUGGUAUCAACCCCGAUGUGGAGAAACUGAGCUCGCCCAAGUCUCCUCUACGGUUCAGUGUCCAGCCGUCGACGCCAUUAGACAUGGACGACUAUGAACCGGCGCCAGAGGAAGGUUCGUACCCAGCAGAGGUGGCUGCUGGUUCAAGCUCGAAAGCCGCGACGGAGGACAUGACCCCGCGGAACACGCUCGAGGGCACCGUUACGCCACGCACGACAGGGAGACGACCGUCGCUUGGCGUCGCGAACAGCAACGGUAGUGGCAACGGCAACGUCGACGGCGGAGACGCGGACGACGAGGGCGAUCUACCAAAGAAGCGCACACGAUUGUUUAGUCGGUUACGCAAGCUUAGCAAGGGGGAGGACGAGAAGGCAGUGGUGACGCCUCAAGUGCGCACAAGACUUGGGUCUGUGAGCGAAGGAGGGUACGCCUCACAGAUGUCGCAGACGACGCCGCAGCAGCAGCGCACCGCGUCGGCGGACUACGGUGGCGGGGCGAGUUUGCGGUCAUCGCGAUCAGCACAGUCGUCUACUUCGCGCUUGACGCCAGAGGUAAUACAACGACAGGUCAGCAAGGGAGGUUAA